UGCGUUCUUUGAGAUCAUAAACGCGCCACGUAUAUAACCGAUGCUCGGUUGAUCGGUUCCCUCAAUCGUGAUUUAAGCCUCGACGCGAAAGGAAACGGUGUUGGAAGCCUAAGAGCUGCGCGCAAUAAGAUGACAUCCGCCGUGUGGACCCUGCUACUGAUUCUCUGCUUGGUCGCGUCGUUCGACGUAGACGCCGCAACGAAAUCGCCGAAAAAUCUCUCAGAUUCGAGGGAAUCGAGCUCGGAGAGCGAGAAGGCGGGUCUUCCAUCCAGACUUCCGAGAAGGUUCCGGCAAAACAGCCGCACCAGGAGAGUGCACAUAGAGAAUCAAACCGGGUUCGAUGGGAAGGUGGAGAAGAUUCAUAUAAACUCCGAGGAAGACCUUCCAGGAGUUCGAGCGUACGGAAUGCCUAAAAAGAGUUUGAUGAGCAACGACGAUAUCGACCGGAUGCUGGGAAAGGAAGUCGAAGGGAAACUCGAAGUUGGUUCGAGACCCUUGCGCGCGAUCGAGGCCUACGGAAAGUCCAAAGAGCGCCUGGAGAACAACGGUGAAAUAGAAAGAGUGCAAUCGCCAGUGUCCAUGGGGCAUCAGGUACCAAGGGACGCAGGGGCGAGGGUGUCCAGGUCCAUCGAGGAGGAACCGAAUGAAAAGAUCAAAGGAGACUCUAAAGGUGACCCGGAGGACCUCGAGGCUCAGGACGCGAAGGUCUUCAGGCCGUUGUUCGUCUACAGGCAACAGGUGGCGAGGAGACAACACCGUCUCAACAAUCAACCGUACGGCUAUCGUGCGAAUCAGAUACCUCGCUACGGCCGACCAACAGUUUACUGACGUCCUUUCACCCGAUGACGCGUUCAACGCUUAAUCGACCGAACGAGGAACGAGAGUCGAGAUUUUGUUUGAGUUCGCGACGAACGUCCCUGAGCGGGUCGAUUACCAUAAUAAUGAUUAACCACCGAUUGUGUCACCGUCGCUUUGUGCCAUAGAAGAAAGCCACUCUCACUUAUUGACACUUCCAUUCGUUGUGUCAAUAAGUGAUUCAUGCGAUUGGAAGUGUCGAUAGAGCACUAGUCGGGCCUUGGUCGAACUUGAAGGAAAGUGACGUAAAUUUCGAGUUGCAGAAUGUUA